AUGUUAUCCGAAGAAUUCUUGACUUCCAUUUGCGGGCCCCCAAUCGCGGCAAACACGGCAAUCUCUAAAGAUGUCGGCCUUUACAGCCACUCUCUGAAUCCAACGUGGGCCGUCAAGGCUACCUUCAAGAAGAGUUCAGCGCCACCUCAUUGUGUUGCCGCAAGCGACACACACAUCUUCGCCGCUCAGGACCAAAAGGCCCACGUACACGUCUAUUCGCGUUUGCGUGGCAAUCAAGAAGCGCUGAUUGCUUUCCCCGAGCGAAUCUGCAGCCUGGCGCUUGCUUCGAAUGUCCUCGUCUUGGGCACGUCCGAGGGGCGUCUGAUUCUGUGGGAGACGUGCACCGGCAGGCAGGUGACGACUCCUCCUUGCCACGUUCAAGCAGUCACUUGCUUGGCAGUGACGCCGUAUCACGUUCUCUCGGGCUCCGACGACUCCAACAUCCAUGUCUGGUCCCUCGCAAGUCUCCUCGAGUUUGGGGUCGAUACGGCGCAGGAGGCCGACUUGACCCUGUCCAACCACCGUGGUGCCAUUACUGAUCUUGCGGUGGGACCAAGUACCAACCCUGAAACGGGUAUCUGUGUAUCAGCCAGUGCUGACAAGACCUGCGUCUUGUGGAACUACCACUCGGGCCAAAUACUGCGAACUCUUUUGUUCCCGUCCGUGCCUCUCUGUCUCGCACUAGAUCCGUCAGCACGUGCUCUAUUUGCCAGCGCUGAGGAUGGGGGCUUGUAUUUUGUCGAGUUCUUUGGAAACAAGCCAUUGCUUGGCUCCGCAAGUGCGGAACUCGCAUCCAUUGUUGUUCAAGUCCAUGCUCCAUUAAGCGUGGCUGACGCCGAUUAUGGUCCGGCUUCGUGCUUGGCCGUGAGCUAUGACGGCACUGCUGUUUUAUCGGGCCAUACAAAGGGCAAGAUUCUUCGUUGGAACCUCUUGGACAAAUCCCAUCCCACGGAACUUGGCAACCUGAAUGCAUCAGUAACAAACAUUGUACCUAUCCCAGUGCUUCCCCUGUCCGGCAAACCAUACAGUACUGUCAACGUGGUCAAACCAAACAAGAGUCAGCGACAGUAUACCAUCACCUGUCAACUGGAAGGGGCCAUGGGUGGCGAGUCCAGAUUCAGCCGCGACCUCAACUCGACGGGAUUUCCUGUGGACCGCCUGGAAAACGCUGUCUCCAUGUUUGUAUCGUCUCUGAAAACACAGUCUGACGAGAAAGCAGAUUCGGACCUGGUCAAGGAGAAUGAAGAGUUAAAGGCCAUUAUUGCCGGGCAAAAGGAGCUUCAUGAAACUACCAUGCGAUGCCAGGAAGCUAGCAAUACGUCAUGA